AAGAAAAAAAAUUGAUCGACGCGACAACUUCGAGCCUGCCGCCCUCUUGCCCAGAAAGCGACAAAGACAACCCACCACACGGCCGCGUCCAACCUCGUCCCAACACCAAGAAGACACGCAGCGCAUCCCCACAAUGGCCGGCUCGACAGGCGACGCGCAGCUUUUCGAGGGCGUGUUCAAGGUGACGCACGUGGACGCGGUCAAGUACGACCGCGUCGCGCGCAUCACGGCCACGUCGGACGCCGCCAGCGCCGACCCCAUGGACAUGACGCUCGACAUCAACACGGAGCUGUUCCCCAUGUCCGAGGGCGACGGCUUCCGCGUCGUCCUGGCCACGUCGCUCGCCCUCGACGGCAGCAAGGACGAGGAGAAGGGCUGGCGCGACGCCUCCAAGCUCGGCGGGCCGCCCACACUGGCCGAUAAUUUUGACUACGUGUGCUACGGCAAGGUCUACCGGUUCGAGGACUCGAAGAACGGAGAGCAGAUCAAGGCCUACAUGUCGUUUGGCGGGCUUCUGAUGUGCCUAAACGGGCCCUACAAGAAGCUCACCCCGCUCAGGGUCGACUACGUCUAUCUCCUCGUCAAGGGCAGCCAAGAUUAGGCGGGCCCUCGGAACGGCGCCGACCCGCCGUCUUCGCCCAAACGCAGCGCCAGGCCCCAUGUCUCUGCGACCAGCGGAUCAUUGGCUACGACGGAUGAAUAAUGAAUAAUCUAAAAGAAUAGAUGGGAGUCCGAGUAUGGUUGAGUUGGCCCCGGUAUCAGGGUAGUGGUCAGGCAGGGCACGGGAACAGGAACGACGACAUCCGGUCCCAGAGAUGUGCUCGCCAAAGGCCUGCAUGGUAUAUGUGAGGACGGGGACGUGGCAGUCGGAUCUUGCCUAUGGCCUUGUUGUUUUUUCUUGUACUGGCACCGGCAGUCCGACCUCUGCUCACGUCUGUGUGGUUUGACCAGCCAACUCGGCCACGGCGCGGUGGUGAGGCCCAGGGAAGGGAAUGACCCUGUGCAGGUGCCGGACGAUGUCGUCGUAGCAGGGCUCGUUGCUCCUGUUGAUGAUGCCGCGGCGCAUGAAGAAGUCGAGCGUGACGCCGGCGCAGUUGGGCUUGAAGCGGCCGGCGGCCAGGUUGGCCUGGACGUCGGGCACGUCCAUGAGGGCGAAGCUCUCGACCUCGCCGUCCUUGGGCCGCGGCGUGGUCCCCUCGGGUAGCUCCAAAUCGAACACCCACUCGCACUCCGGGUACACGUG